AUGGUGUACCUGCUGCCCAAGCACUCGUGCUUCGAUGAGCACGUCACCUUCUUCAAAUGUUGUCACUACGUCUUCGAAGGCGAAGGCAAUCCUGCAUGUUGGAACAAGGCCCUGGUCUCGGCGAAUAUGAACUACGACUUCUGCUGCAAGCUGUCGUCUUGGAACGAUCAUGACGCGUCCAUCCCGUUCCUCUUUUCGACCUUUCUCCGCGUCGAAUACAGAGCUCCGGACGCUGAUCGGCCGACGGAGCUCGAGAUCCACCAGCUUGCGGAUCCAAAGCUCUCAGCGCAUUCGAUGCAACUGAAGAUCGGACCUGGGUGGCCGGCUGGCUUUCUCUGGACAGGAAGCUAUCAGCUCCUUAGGUGGUUCGAAUGCAACGCAGAUCUCGGGCAUGAGUUCUGGGCAGACGCGGAAUACAUUGAGUUUGGUGGGGGCGUUGGGGCUAGCAGCAUCGCUGCCGCCUUGAACGGCGCUUGGGUGACCGUCGUUGAUGCGAAUGCAGCCGGCACUUUGUCCAAGAACCUCGAGGUCGAGGUGUCAGGCGUUUUUGUGGGAGCUUUUGGCGAGAAUGCUCCGUUUGGGGAUGUUGCAGUACCUGGUCAGGCAAAGGGGCUUGCGGUGAUUCUUGACACCGACAUCGGCGACGACAUCGACGAUGCCUGGGCAUUGAGCGCCUUGCUGCAGGAUCCCAGGGUUGAUUUGCGGUUGGUGGUGACGGACUCCUACUCCAGUGUGCACCGGGCAGAGGUUCUGGCCAAGUUUCUGGCCAUGGCCGGUCGCCUGAACGACAUCCCGGCGAUCGCCAUCGGACCAAACACCACCGGCAAAGCGCUGAUCAUGGAAGGUUGGGCCGGACCCAGUGACUUGGCGCGAUUCCCGGGCACCAUCCACGACUCUGCUGCCGAUGCCAUCAUCCGGGAAGUUACCCUGGCUUCCCAGGACCAUGUGCCCGUCGUGCUGCUGGUUCUUUCGCCAUGUGCUGCCGUGGCCGAGGCAUUGCGGCGUGCGCCAUGGUUGAGCCAAGUUGCCUCCAUCCAUGCCAUGGGAGGUAGCAUCUGGCACGGAAACAACGGAACCGGAGGGCCCAUUGCUGAGUGGAAUGUCAGGGCAGAUGUCGCGAGUUCUCGCAAGCUCUAUGCCCAUCUCAAUGUCACUGCACCCUUGGAUGUGGCCGCUUUAGCUCAGAUAGAUGGGCUUCAGUUUAAGAGGCUGUUGCAGUGCCAAGAGUAUGUGCCCACUGUCCAUGCACUCCUGCAGAUGUUCAAGACCUGGCUCCCACGAUGUCCUUGGCGACCGGUCCUAGAUGGCCCCAAAGGUCCUGCAAGUUCUGUCCGCUCUUCCGUGAUCUACGACGCCGUGGCUGUCAGCACUUUGCCCUUCUGGUCUCCCACGGAUCUGAUAGAUUUUCAGACUCUCCGGGUAGCGAUCGACGACCGGGGCCUCACAACUCCUAGCACCAAAGGCUGGGAAAUUACGGCCGGAGUGCAUUGGCGUAACAUCGAACAGUGGGAGUCGAGCUUCGCAAGUCUGCUCUGUGGUAGCAACACCACACCCUUGGUGGUGUAG